AUGAGACCGCGGUCCAUGGCGAAGACCAAGGGAGCACCACGUCGCUCUCGCUGCAACCGCAACCGCCGGCGCAACAAGACAGCGCGGCGGCCGUCGAGGGAAGCGGAGCCGACCCCGUCGGGUCCAACGGGCGUGCACCACAUCCCCGACCACCUCCUCGAGCUCGUGCUCCUGCGCGUGGCCACGCCCCUCGCCCUCCUCCGCGCGGCGUCCACGUGCAAGCGCUGGCGCCGCCUCAUCUUCACGGACGAUGCCACGUUCCCGGACCACCGGUCCCUCCGUCCAUCCAGCGUCGCCGGCCACUACCAUGUCGACGGGAACAACCACCACAUCUUCGUGCCGGACCCCGUGGCGGCCGACGGCCUCGACAGGCGCCACUUCUCCCUCGACUUCCUCCCGGCUGUCCCUCACGGCUCACUGCCCUGGGAGCUCGCCGACAGCCGCGGUGGCCUCCUCCUCUUCUACAGGAGGGACGUUGUCUACUACCGGAUGGGUCGAGUGUGGGAAGGGGACCCCGAGUACCUCCACUUCCCUGACAUGCUCGUCUGCGACCCGCUCAACCGGAGGUGCCAGGGGAUCCUCUACUGGGAGGAGAUGUGGCCCUACCAGUGCCUUGGUCUCUUCCUGCUCGACGGCGACGAGCCUGCUGCAGGUGGUGGCUCCACCGGCAUGUCCAACUUUCGGGUGGUCGCCGUGACCUACGAAAGCGAUGUUUUCGAGGAUGACCGUGGCGCCCCCCGCGCCUGCGUGUUCUCCUCCGGCGGCGACGGCGGCUGGCGGCUGGUGGAGAGCGCGUCCGGCGGAGACGUCCCCAUCCCGGAGUACCGUUCGAUCAGCUUCACAGGACGCGCGCGUUCGUCCUUCUUCUGGCGGAUGGAGCGCGAGGGCGCCGUGCUGGCUCUCGACGAUGCCACCAUCCAGUUCUCGCUCGUCACGUUCCCGUGUACCGUCGUGGGGACGCCGGAGGAAUCUUCAGCCUUCCGGGUCAUCGGCGGCGACGACGGCGCGGCGCGCGUUGUACGCGUGAUGGCCAACAAUGACCUCACGGUGUUUCAGCAGCUGCACAGCAGUGGCGAGUGGGUGGUGGAGAAGCUCGUGAGGCUGCCGGAGGUGACUAGCGGGUUGCCGGGGCGUGAGGAGACAUUUUUCGAGCGACCAGCAAAGAUUGUCGCGACGACUACGAGGCACAUCCUCGUUACGCCGCAAGAGGAGACCUGGAUUUUCUCCAUCGAUCUCGAGACGCUAGAGGUGGACCAGGCGCAUGAGAGGAACCGGUACGCCGGUGCGGUGUACCCAUUCGAGCUGCCAUGGCCGGCAUUGUAG